AUGAAUGUUAGCUCCUAUCUUGAUGCUGUAUUGAUUACCUAUUCAAAUUACUAUGUAAAUUUCAAAUCAAUUUCAAAACCUAAUUUUGAUCUUGUCUGUAAGCAUAUUGUACCUGAUCGAGUCAUUGGACUGAUACUCUCGAAUGAUGAAGAUACUCCUGGUUUAGCAGAAUUAUUUUUAACGUAUUUUCAAAUCAAUCAAUUCACUUAUCUUCAGUCAUUGACAUUAUUUGAUAUUGGACCACAUUUAUGGGAAAAUAUUAUACAAAAUAUGGUUGAACUCAAGAAUUUACAUUCAUUUUUCUAUACUCAACCAAGCCGAACCAAUUCGUGGAUUUCUGAUAUUACUGGAAAUGAUAUCGGUCAACUUGAUAGCCGUUUAUUUAAUAUUUAUGGUUUAUAUUACCUCAACUAUGUCGAUUGA